GUCCCAAAUAAUAUUUUGCCGUCUUUCUACUUAAAUCAAUCAUGUAAAUUUUCAAUUUAACAUUUAUAGUACCUUCUUUUUGCUAUUCAUAAUUUAUAACACCCAAAUUUCUUAUCAACAAUAAAUAGUGCAAUUAUUUUCGUUUCUUCUUUCAAAAUGGAUAACUAAAAUAUUGAAUGUCACCAAGCUUGUGAUGGGAAGAUUUCAUAAUCGAGAUCCCCAAUUUCGUUUGUUUCCCCUCCCUACCCUUUGGUUCUCGUUUUCGGUCAUGGAUGCCCAGCAGCUCCCGCCUCUGCCUUUGGAUGCUAGUCCCGAACCUUCAAGGAAAGGCUCCACCCCCACCCCCGGCUCCGGCUCGAGCGAAACUGGGCUUGAAUCGGUGCUAAAGAAGCAAAAGGUUGAGGAAGCCACCUCGCAUACUAUCACAAAAAUUUAUGAAGUAAAUUGUAGGAAAUUGCAGGAAAUGAGCAUUUAUGGAGGAGGGAAAGCGAGGUUUGGGAUCUAUAAGAAGAAGAAGAAGAAGAAGAAGAAGGGACUGAUAAGGCAACGGUGGGCUGCGAUGAUGAUCGAUUUAUAAUUUACAUGUUCAAACCAAAUUAUUAAAAAGGGAAGUUAAAGUCACUGAUAAAAGAAGGAAAGUGCGAAGAGUAUUGAGAAGAGACAUGUCAACAUAAUAUUCUAUCUUCUUUGGUGAUAGGGGAUAGAGGAUGGAGUUUGCUGAAAAUGGAAGAGCAUGGACAUGAAAGGAAAAGAGGAAGGAGGUGAAAUGGUUUGUGGGAUCUUUUCAGAAAAGGAAAUGAAUAAAAGUUUGGUGACAUUCAAUAUUUUAGUUAUGCAUUUUGAAAGAAGAAACAAAAAUAAUUGCACUAUUUAUUGUUGAUAAGAAAUUUGGGUGUUAUAAAUUAUGAACAGAACUAUAAAUGUUAAGUUGAAAA